UUCGACUAUCGAGUACAGAAAAAUUUGUGUGACGUGCACCGCGAUUCCUUUCCCCGUGCAAUGUCUACACUCACCCGUAAUUUUCCUCGAUAUCAGUGAGUUAUAGUGCGUUUGCAAUUUUGUACAUUCGCGGUUACGUAGCCGUGAAGACGUCGGAGAAGUCAUUGGAAUUGAACGUGCACGAGGGAGAGUACCAAGAAGGAUAAUAUGUUUUUGCGAUACUUAUGAACGCGAUUAGUGUUGGAUUUUUUAGAGAAAUUUCUUUAUAGAAGUACUACUUUCACAUUAGUAUGAGUAAUCCUUAUCGUGUACGACCAACGAGAUCAAGAGUAGAUUCCAAUUUUGCUGGAUAUGGAAUUCAUAAUCAGAAGCCCUGGAAUCCAGAUCCUAUCGAUAGAGCACCAAAUAAUAUUGAGUCAAAUGCAACUUUUCAACCUCCGCCAACAAAUCAAACAAAAGUUACAGAAGAUUCUUGGGAUUGGAACGUGGAUAAUGGCAAUAAUGGAAAUGACUCUUGGAAUUGGAGUAUCGAACAAUCCGAAUCACAAUCGCAUCUACAUCAACAACAGCAGCAACAGCAACAGCAACAGCAACAACCAAUUCAAAGUCAAUUCAUUCCAUCUUACACCAAUCAAAAGCAGCCGAUUUUACCUCCCACUAAUGAAGGCUAUUAUAAAAAUUUAAAUGGAAAUAAUAGAGCUUCCGUGCUCUCGAAUCAACAUAGUUCCAUAAGCAUUGAAAGUACAAGGACUGCUCCAUCGAUGAGAGAAAAUACUUCGAAACCACCAGAUUCCUUAUUGCAGUAUCCAAAUUAUAGUCAGACCUCUCAGUUUUCUCUAUCUCCUCGACCUAAUUCAAACGCAUCAUUUUCUGGAUCUAUUGAUAAGCCACAGUGGUCUAAUGAACAGCAUAAUCAGAGUUUGCCAUACAUACCAUCCAGUCAAAUACACAGUCAAAAAGAUCAAUCUUCUUUGCCACCCCCUUCUGCCGUUAACAAUUUCAAUUGGACUAAUAAAGAUCAACAUAAUGUUCCUUUGCAUAAUUGGCCGAGUCACGAUGAUAAUUCAUCCAAUUAUUGGCAAGAAUCAAAACUUCCCAAACAAGAUCAGUUUUCUGAAAAUGUUAAUAAUCCUUGGCCACAGCAAAGUCGUCAAUCAUCGCAUCAACGCCAAGAGAGAAAUACUGAUGUUUCAUCUACAAAUGCCACUAACAGCGAUCAAUCUCAAUGUUAUAGUCCACACGAAUCGUUACAAGAAAAUAUAUCUACUAAAAAUUGGCCUGCACAAAAUACAUUGCCACCCAAUCAAUGGCCAAAAAGUUCUUCUGAAAAUAUCACGAACGUUUUACCACGUCAGCAAUCUCUACCCUCUAGUACGUGGUCUCAAGCUGAAGAAACUAAUUCAGUAUCAUCUUGGCAACAAGGUGUGUCGGGCAAUAUUACAGGUAGUCAGUGGCGACAGCCGAAACUGCAAUCGGGUGGUUCACUCGAAGAAUCAGCAUUGUCGGAAAAUAAGAACGAAUGGCAGCAAAUUCAUGCCCCUCCAUCUCAUUUUAAUUCAUCCACCACAUCCACUACUUCAGGUUCCUUAGCAAACAUGUCGAGUAGUACGGAGCAAUUAGAAGAUCGAAAAAGAUCUUUGACACCAACCACAAGUUGUACAUCACUCAAUGAAUAUCAAACACAAACAUGUAAUACUAGCCAGAUGAAUACUGAAAGUAAUGCUGCAUCUAAUCUAGAAAGUUUUCGUAAUCAAAGUAAUACAGAUUUCGAUUGGAAUGGAGAUAAUAACUGGCACACUGUAACUGAAUUAUCUAGUGGGGUGAACAAUAUGACCAUUUCUCAGAAAUUCACUCGGCACAUCGAAAGUACUUCUUGUAAAGAUAAUCAACCAAUACCUCAUCCUGCUAAUGACUGGGCUCCUCAAAUGGUUUCGACAUCAAAAUCUGUUAAUAUCGAAAAUACUUCGGAUAAUUUACCAAUUUUGGAGCCAAAACAUAGCGUAGAAAGUCCUGUUGUGGUUUCGCAAGAACAAAUGGAUGGAUUUCAUCCAGGUACUUCAAAAUCUUUGGAAAAUAUUUCUCAAGCUAAUUAUGAUCAAUGGUACAAGCAAAAUGUGCGCACACAGUCAGAUAAAGAAUUUUUUGGCAAUGACCGAGCUCAUUGUGUAAAGCAAUGGCCAUCGGAACAAAAUGUGGAGAAUUAUGAAAAUAUUCAACAGUCCUCGGAAUUUGUUAAUCUUGAAGUCGUUGCACCUGAAUUACAAGAAAGAGAUAUUUAUGGUUCACACGAUUCAAUCAACAAAGAAACUUUAGAAAAUGAUCAAGUCCUUCGUCAAGCCAAUUCAUCGAAAGAAGCUGUUUUGCGUGAUUUCAGACAGGAGUCUAAUAAUAUUGAAGUGCCCACAAUUCAACAGAUUCAACAACCAAUUCUUGCAGAGCAGGCACCAGAUAAUUACGAAUUCGCGUCGAACGACAGAAACACGUUUCUCGAAACCGGCGAGUUGACGGACCAGCAUUCCCACGAGCACGUGUCACUGCCGCCGAGCCAGGACGACGAGAACGACGAGGUGCCAAAUGACAUACCGUUCCAUCGCGAAGUGCCGGGACAAUCGAGCAACGUCGAUCCGCGCCGGAACGACCCCACCGGCCAGGAGCAAUACGCCCAAGGAGUCGGCAAUGGCAUCAGCCCUCGGAUUUCUGAUCCUCGAAGGAACGAUCCUUCCGGCCAGGAGCAGCAGCUACAACACGUAGCGCAAACUCGGACCAGCAUAAUGGUUGACAGACCAUCGGAUAGACGUGAUUUGCCAUCGGGUCAAGAACGACUAAAGCCUGUUGUACAACAGCAGCUGCAACAGCAACAGCAACAACAGCAGCAGCAGCAGCAGCAGCAGCAGCCGCCGCCGCAACAACAGCAGCCGCAACAGCAAAACCAGCCACAGCAGCAGCAACAGCAACAACAGCAACAGCAACAGCAACAGCAACAGCAACAACAGCAGCAGCAGCGCAAUUGCGAGGUGGAAGUCGUAGAACGUCGGAAUGACCCGUCAGGUCGCGAGCGUUCGGUACCGCCUCAGCAGUCGCGCAACGAACCCUCGGGUGAAGAACAACGGUCCCCGUCGGCCAUUCUCCUGGUCCCUCAACUCGAGCCCGCAACGGCAAGAGAAGUGCUUGGCCGGGGCAACGAGCCCGAGGGGACGAUCCAGCCGGUGGAAAGUGCUGUGAGACAGAUACCUGGUGGUGCCUCCUCCAACGAGUCGGUGCAGAUAAUACCCGAGGAUAGAGUGGGCGGUGCUCGGGUUGUAACUGGCUCGCAACAAAUAAACGCGACACCAAGUGAGUGCAAUCACGAUUUACGUGAUAUUAGAGAGGAAGCCGUCGGUGCUUCGAUUGCCGAGAGUCAAAUAAGCUCGAGUUUACCGAAUCGUAGAGAUUCUUAUGAAGACGGCGAUGAUGAAGGUUCAGUAAAUAGCAGGGAAGGGAGUAGAGAUAGACGUAGAGAAUCGAGUCCAAAAUCUAGAAUGCCUCGGUAUGAUUACAGUAGGAAACCUUUAUAUUACGAUCGAGAGCGAGAAUACGACGAUGACUAUUAUUAUGAACGUCGACGUGUAGAAUAUGAUCGAACUUACAAUUCUCGGGAGGAUUUGGAGAGACGAGACGUUUCUUAUAGGGAGGAUGAUCGGCGCCAUGCCAGUCGAGAUGAUCUCGAUCGUGAUCGCCAUCCACGAGAAGAUUUGGAUAGAAGAUCCAGGAUGAAGGAGGAUAUUGAUGAGAGAGAUGGUAGAAGAAGAAUGGAUGAGCGUAGAGGUGAUCGAACAUCUGAUUCUAGACGUUUAGAUAGAGAGGGCAGAGAAUUUGAUCCACGAUAUCCGAGGGAUCGUGAUUUUAUAGAUCGCGAAAGAGAUAGGCGACGCGAUGAAAGAAGAACUAGAAGGUUUCCGGAUUAUGAUUCACGGGAAAAUUAUAAAAGAGAAUAUUACGAUGAUUCUUAUGGAAGAAAUUCUAGGCCAUCUAGUAGAUCAUCAUAUAAUGACAGAGAAAGAGAGUAUUACUCGCGAUCGAGGGAUUUAUAUUCUUCAUAUGGUUAUAAUAAUUAUCAAGGAUACGACUAUGGAACGAAUUACAAUAGUAAUUAUUACGCAUAUCUCGAAAAUCUACGCAGAACUGAUCCCGCUGCUUAUGCUGAGUGGUAUCAUAAAUAUUAUCAACAUCAUCAACAAAUAGCAAGGGGGGUUACGACAAAUUAUUCCGAAGACAGAGCCAGUGUUCAUUCUGGUCGAAGUUCUUGUGAUGACAGGAAUUCCAGUGAAAAGCGAAAUUUAACAGAUAUAUCAUUACUGGAGGAUCAAACAACUGUUUCAUCAAGAUUAACCCCAACAAAGUUCUCGUCUGCUCACGCGAAGGGUACGUUUUCAAUUGGUGCAUUAUUACACGUUCAUGCAAAUUAUCCGAACGAAGGCGAACGAGCCAAAGUGGAUAUUUUAAAAAUGGAUUAUCUUUUGCCCCACGACAUAAUAUCACGCGAGCUUCGAAGUUAUCCGGGACCUUUGAUAAAAGGUGUCACUCACAAGAGAACAAUCAUUGAGUACUGCGAAAAUAAAAUAAAGAAGGCAUCUUCGAACGAUGAUAUUUUUGAAGUUUCAUCUUACGUUCUCAUAUACGAGUUGAUGAUUAUGUUAAUUCAACAGAACGGGAACGUUGUUGGUGUUGAUAUUGCUUCCUUGUUAUUGAGGAAUAAAGAUGCUUAUCCAUAUGAAGUGAACAAACCACCUACAGAGCAUAUUCGUAGAGAAUCUAUGAUAUCUCAGCGAUCUGGUGCUUCUGGUGGUGAUAGAGCCACGUCUGAUACUUUACCAUUGCAUGAAAAAGAGGAUCAUAUUAAGCCUAGAAAAACUAUGGAGCAGUUGACCGAUGAAUUUAGAAACACUUUACUUUAUGGUUUAGUUCAAGAAGCUUUAGAAUUUGCAAUGGUUGAGAAUCUAUGGGGACAUGCUCUUUUCCUAGCAAGCAAACUAGACAAGCGUACUCACGCGUCUGUCAUGACUCGAUUCGCCAAUAGUUUGCCACCUCAAGAUCCAUUACAAACUUUAUAUCAGCUUCAUUCAGGCCGUGUCCCUGCAAGUGUAACAUGCGUUUCUGAUUCGAGAUGGGAUGACUGGAGGCCUCAUUUAGCAAUGAUUAUUUCCAAUACGUCAGCGAAUCCUGAUAUAAAUCGUCGUUCCAUUUUGACUCUCGGCGAUACGCUCGCUGUUCGUGGUGACAUUUAUGCCGCGCAUUUUUGCUACAUUCUCUCUCAGGUUGACUUUGGUUCAUAUGGAUGUAAUAACGUGAAACUUGUUUUGAUUGGUGCUAAUCAUCAUAAGCCUUAUGCCGAGUUUGUUAGUACAGAAGCGAUCGUGCUUACCGAGAUUUACGAGUACGCUCGUAAGUUAAGCGAGCCAUUUACAUUAAUCGAACUGCAAACCUUUAAAUUCGAUGUAGCCGUAAAAAUGGUGGAUUAUGGACUUAUUGAUAAAGCUCUCUUAUACAUCGAACAAGUGGCUUUGAAUAUAAUCGGCGAACCAGAAAAGUACAAGCAGUCCUUUAUUAAGAAUGUUUAUGUCCUCGGGGAUCGACUGAAAUAUCACGAUCCUGUGUAUAAAGAUUCGGAUGAAGAUUUAGCGAAUCUCCCAUGGUUAAACAAUCUUGCUGAGAUUGUCGGCAAGUACGAAAAGGGCGAAAUUAUUCAAGAUAGUAAUCACGGCGGGCCAAUUUCUUGUACAACUGAUGCAAAUCUAGAAUCCGCCGACACUCAGAUACAUCAACAAAAAUGGAGCUCGGGUCAAAAUUCGCACAAUGUAGAUAAUAAUAAUCAUUCGAUGAUGGGAACGUUGGAUGUGGACUCCCAUGGAACAUGGCAGUCAAAGUCCUUGAACAAUUCGGUUCAAGAUUCUUAUGGCCUUAUAUCGGAUCACGAAAUACAAUAUCACGAUGAAACCGUGGGUGAUAUUUCCCAACAGCAUCAAAAGCAACAGCAACAGCAGCAGCAGCAGCAGCAGCAGCAGCAAGAACAGCAGCAGCAGCAGCAGCAGCAACAGCAACAUUAUCAAUCGUAUCAACAAGAUUAUUGGACGUCGCAACAGCAGCAUCAGCAACAAGUCUACGAGCAUCAAGAUUAUGCAAAUAGAAUGUACACACAAUCAGAAUGGGAUCAAUCGAUAAAUACACCAUAUAAGUCAGAUCAUCAGGAUAUAGAGCACUUAGAGCAUCAGAAUAAUUGGACUCAUGAGUCGGAAAAGCUGGAAGAGAAGCCAGUCAAGAAAGCAAGCGCAGUGGAAGUAAGUAGCCCCGCCUGUCAUCUAACUAAUACCCCAAAGCUCGCCUGCCUCUCGGAGGCGCGCGAAUCGCAAGCGCUGCGUCGGCGUCGCUGCGCCGAUAAAGCUCCGGGUGGCGUCGGAGCGGCGCCGCUGAUGCUCAGCGCCGAGGACUUCGCUCCGGGCGUUAAGCCGCCGAUCGUGGAGAAAGUCCAGCGGCUCAAGUACGCACGGGUGAGCGCGACGUAUUCGCGAAUUGGCCCGAGCGUCGAGGAGCCGAAGUCGCGGAGAAGCGUCAGUCCAGCUUCAAGGCCACCGAGUUCCCAGUCGGCGGUGUUCCUCAAGUGCCCGAAAGGGCACGGAACGACGUGCAAGCAGGAAGGGCAGGAAGAGGACGCCGACGAGGCCGGCGACGCCCUCAAUGAGGGGAAGCUCGCGAAGAGCCGACCGACUACGGAUUUGGACAUCCAGUUCCAGCAGAUGAAGCUCGACGAUCUGGCCGACGCGGCCUUGGGCCUCAAGUCGGACAAGACGCGCAAAAACGUCAACACGAACGGCUACGGGACGGGCACUGGCGGCGGCGAUACCGGCGGACAAUCUCUGGUGCAGUAUUGCAACUUUGAGGAGAAGAAGCAGCUGGAGCAAGAACGGCAGCAGCCAAUCGAGCAUCAGCCCUAUCAGCCAAACAUUUCGAUGGGCCCUAAUAGAGGAAAGCAAUACGAUCCGCUGGAAGAACUUGAAUCGCUGGAACCAUCGAGGAUCUCCUCGGUCAAAUCUACCUCGAAUGCUAAAAAACAGCCGGAGAAGGGAAGCGAUAAGAAGCAGGCGAACGGUGGAGGCUCGUGGUUUGGAGGAUUAUUUAGUAAACUCGCGCCAAAGCCGAAGAAUCAAAUGAUAUUGCCGGACGACAGCAAUCCCGCGAUUGUUUGGGACUCCGUAGCGAAGAAGUGGACGAAUAAAGAGGAGGAAGAUGGAGGUUCGACUCCUCUGGCACCACCUCCCAAAGUUACGGAUAUCCCGAGCUUUCAUCAGACUCCAGCGAUUAUUAGUCAGAAUCCCGUCCCUUCGAUGAUGUCAGCCGCCCCCGUCGCAACUUUGCCGGAGGAUACGUUAAACUUCAAUAACUCGAAAUUGAUCGCCAGUGGUGGGGCCAGCGGAGGCGGCAGUGGCAACGGUGGCGGCAGCGUUGGUGGUGGUGGUGGUGGUGGAAACAUAUACAAGCUUUCGAGGAGCCGAAAUAUGCGGGCCAAUUAUGUGGAUGUGAUGAAUUCUGGUGCCGCCAAGUCCGGCAGUCCUGCCGUAAUGCCGCCAAUACUGGCUGUACCAACACCAGCCGGAUCCCCGACAAUGCCUAUCGCAGCUUCUUCGCCUCAGCUCUUCAUGCCUGCCGCAGUCAACGAUGCAAAUGCACCCGUGGAUUUCUUAACUCCGUCAUCGACUAUCGCUCCGCAACCAAUUGAAAACAAUCAAACGCUCUCGCGCUGGAGCUCGACUAGUUCGUUAUCUCGAGAGGUUCAGAGCUACACAAUGAGGGAUCCGCGACUUCUUCAACGGGACAAGGGACCAAUGAUGUAUAAUCCCGUGGAAAUGAAGGAUCGUUCGCAGAAGAAUCAUACUCACAACAGAUUUUCACCGCGAUAAAUGGGUGAAUAAAUGCAACAUAUUAUCGAUUUCUUCACAUUCAAAGUGAUUAAGAAUUGUGGAAGAAUCAUACGUGAAGAUUGCUACAGCGCGACUUGCUCCUAAGUUCGCCAAACUGGGGAAACUGGGAAAAGGAAAGUGGAUGUUAAUUUAUGUACCGAUGCGAAACAUAUGAGGUUUGUGUGAGAAAUGUAUCCAUCACGAUCAAGUUAGACAAUUAUGUAUGCACGCAUGUGUAAUGUGCAAUGCGAUAGCUGCGUAUGAUUAUCCAGGAUGUUAAUUUUUACGUAGAAGAAAUGAUAUGAAGCGAAAGGGGGUGGGGGGGGGAUACGAAAGAGAUAAAAAAAAAAUCGGUACAUCGAGUACGAAGUUCGUCUAUAACUGCAAAUAUUUUGUUGAAUUUAUAUUGUAAAUGAUGGAAAAGGGAGAGAAAUUUUUUUUAUUACAUAUCCUUUGUAUUUUGCAGUUUUGCUUUUUCGAUCGUGCAUAAUACGACGAAGCAAGUCGUGUUUGUAAUUUUGUGUUCUUUACUUGUUUGUUCUUUUAUGUUCUUUUUCAUUAAUUUUACAAUUUCUCAUUCCUAUCGACAAAGAGUGCAACUACAUAUUUUUCUUAUUUAAAAGUGCCGCUAUAACGCGCUCAUAUGUACGUAAUUAAAUGCAUGAUCGAAGCACUCG